AUGCUUGGACCAAGGGCAUUAUUUCCUUCAGUUAGCAGAAGUUUGAGUGGAUUAAUAGAAUCAGGGAAAGUUGUUGGUGAGACUGAUGAGGCUGAUUCAGAUGAAGAGGGUGAUGGUGGUGGGCUUGACGUUACUGAUGAUCAGGAGUUGAAUGACAGUGAUGGUGAGGUGGUGAGUGUGAUUGGGUCAUAUGAUGAAGGGCCUAACUACCUUGUUUUUAACCCACCAGUAAACUUCAAGGGGAGUGUUGAGUUGUGGAAAGGGUUGAAGUUCCCAUCUAACAUUGUGUUGAGAAAGUCUAUUAGGUUCAAUGCAAUUCAAAAGGGGUACAACUACUACUACUUACACAACAUCAAACAGAGAUUGUCCAUAUAUUGUGCCAACAGAUGUAAGUGUCCUUGGAAGAAAGCUAGGAUUGUUAGUUGUAGUUGCAAACAGAAAAGAAAGUGUAGGUUUAAACUGCAUGCUAGGAAGUUGAAGGGGGAGGAUAGUUGGCAGAUUAAAAGCAUUAGGGCAGAGCACAUUUGUGGGUGGCAGUAUGACAACCCCAAGGUUACAUCAAAGUAUCUGGCUGAGAGAUAUUUAGAUGAUUGGAUGGAUGAACCUAACACAAAGGUUAAGGCUUUAAUAAAGAGGGCUAGGAGAAAAGUGAAGUCAGAAAUUGGUUAUUACAAGGCCUGCAGAGCAAAAAAAUUGGCUUUGAAAAUGAUUUUUGGAGAUGCAAUCUUAGAGUAUGCUAGAGUGUGGGACUAUGCAGCAGCAAUUAGGAAGUAUAACCCGGGAAGCACUGCUGUUGUGAAGGUUCAGGGGAUAGAAAACCCACCACCCUUGUUUCAGAGGUUGAAUAUAUGUUUGCAAGCUUGCAAAGAGGGCUUUAUGGGUGGUUGCGGGCCAAUUAUUGGUGUUGAUGGGGCACAUUUGAGAGGUUCAUACACUGGCAUUCUGUUGACAGCAGUGGGGAAGGAUGGGAAUAACAAUAUAUUCCCUGUGGCAUGGGCAGUGGUUGAGACAGAAAAUGCAGAAACUUGGAGUUGGUUCCUUAAGUUGUUGAGGAGUGACAUUAUUUCAGUAGCUGAUGUUGUCACUUGGGUGCAUGAGAAGGAAGAUGAAGGUUUACUUGAUGCAUUCAGAACUGUCAUGCCAAAUGCGGAGACAAGAUAUUGUUGUAGACAUAUAUGGACUAACUUCAAAAGCAAGUUCCCUGGUGUGUUAUACAAGGAACAUUUCUGGAAGGCAGCAAGGUCAUCCACAAAGCACUAUUUCAACACUCACAUGGAAACUAUAAAGGAACUAAAUGUGGAAGCAUUCAAGUACUUGGAAGAUAUCAAAACAAGUCACUGGUCUAGGCAUGGGUUUAGCACUGCAAGCAAGUCUGGUAUGCUGCUCAACAAUUGCUGUGAGAGUUUUAAUAAUGUUUUGAGGGAAGCAAGGGAAAAACCUAUCCUAUAG